CUCUCCCGAGCCUCAAGCCGGCCCCUCGGAGCUCUCAGCCAAGGCUUGACGUUUUAAAGGGAGCCCUGGGCGCCUCGCUGCCUCCUCCUCCUCGGACAGCCGGAGAGGCGAGAAGGAGGAGAGCGGGAGACCGGAGCGCACCCACAGAAGGGCGGCGGGCACCCGCUCCCCGUGUUUGCUCUCCCCUGAGCGGGCUGUACAAUCCUCGGCAGUGUCCUGAGACUGUAUAGCCAGCUCGGGGGCGACUUGGCCGGCGUUGGCAGCAGCCCGGGGGCGACUCGUCUUGGACACCAGCGGGUGAGAAGUCCGGGCGCCGGUGGCCCUUGGGCGGCGAAGGGGACCUGCCGCGUUAGAAGAGCGCGGGAGGCCGGCCAGCGAGGGAGCGAGCGAGCGCAAAGCCCAGCCCAGCCCAGCCCAGCCCGGCACCUAUCAAAGUCGUCCAGGGACCUUCCCACCCACCCAGCCACCCACCCACUCAGCCGGCCGAGCCAGGCCCUCUGCCUGGGAACUCUGCGCACCUCGGCGGCUCUUGUGGAGCCAAACUCUCUCCCCCCCCUCCGCGGACGGGAGCCCUCGGGCAGCUUCGCCCUACUUCUGCCUUCGAGCAACCCGCGGGAAAAACAGCGAGAGCGGCGGCCCCCACCCCACCCAGAGCAGCGCCGGCUUCCACGAUGACAGCUGAGAAGGAGAAGAAGAGGAGCAGUUCCGAAAGGAGGAAAGAAAAAUCACGGGAUGCAGCCAGGUGCAGACGGAGCAAAGAAACUGAAGUAUUCUACGAGCUGGCCCAUGAACUUCCCUUGCCUCACAAUAUCAGCUCACAUCUGGACAAAGCUUCGAUCAUGCGUCUUGCUAUCAGCUUCUUACGAACACACAAGCUGUUGUCUUCAGUGUGCACUGAUGAGAAAGAAGUUGAGCCUGAUCAGCAAAUGGACAACUUGUAUCUGAAAGCUUUGGAGGGAUUUAUCAUGGUCAUCACACAGGAUGGAGACAUGAUCUUUUUGUCAGAGAACAUCAGCAAAUAUAUGGGCUUGACACAGGUGGAACUGACUGGACACAGCAUUUUUGACUUCACUCAUCCAUGUGAUCAUGAGGAAAUUCGAGAAAACCUUAGUCUGAAAAAUGGUCCAGGCUUCGGGAAAAAAAAUAAAGACAUGUCCAUGGAUCGUGACUUCUUCAUGAGAAUGAAAUGUACUGUCACCAACAGAGGCAGAACUGUGAAUCUCAAAUCUGCCACAUGGAAGGUUUUGCACUGCACUGGACAGAUGAAGGUCUAUAAUACUUGUCCACCUCAUGCUCUGUGUGGCUAUAAGGAGCCUCUCUUGUCCUGCCUCAUAUUAAUGUGUGAGCCUAUUCAGCAUCCUUCCAAUACUGACAUCCCCUUGGACAGUAAGACAUUUCUGAGUCGUCAUAGUAUGGACAUGAAGUUUACCUAUUGUGAUGACAGGAUAACUGAAUUACUCGGAUACCAUCCUGAAGAACUGUUGGGCCGUUCUGUGUAUGAAUUCUACCAUGCCUUGGACUCCGAGAACAUGACCAAAAGCCAUCAGAAUUUGUGCACAAAAGGUCAAGUCGUCACAGGACAGUACCGCAUGCUUGCCAAGCAUGGUGGGUAUGUAUGGUUGGAAACUCAAGGAACGGUCAUCUACAAUACACGCAACCUGCAGCCUCAGUGCAUCAUCUGUGUCAACUAUGUUCUGAGUGAAAUUGAGAACAAUGACAUCGUGUUCUCCAUGGAUCAGACAGAAUCGCUGUUCAAGCCUCGCUUGAUGGCAAUGAAUUCAGUGUUUGAUAACGGAGUCUCUGUGGCAGAUAAGAGCGAUUUCUUAUUCACCAAGCUGAAAGAAGAACCAGAAGAACUUGCCCAGUUGGCACCGACGCCAGGCGAUGCUAUUAUAUCUCUUGAUUUUGGGACACAAAAGUUUGAGGAAAUCUCUACCUACAAGAAACCUGUGAUGACCCCAAACAAGCCUUGGCCUCCAGAAGUGAAGAACCAGCCCGCUCAGCCUGAAAAGUUGAAUGUGCCAUCAUUUACAUUGCCCCAGGUUGCUCCAGGCAGCAGCACUCCCAGUGCAAGCAGCAACAGCAGCUGUUCCACGCCGAGUAGCCCAGGAGAUUAUUACACUUCCUUAGAUGAAGAUCUGAAGAUUGAAAUGAUUGAGAAGCUUUUUGCCAUGGACACAGAUGCCAAGAAUCAGUGCAGCUCAGAGACCGACUUCAAUGAACUGGACCUUGAAACCCUUGCUCCUUAUAUCCCCAUGGACGGGGAAGAUUUCCAGCUCAGUCCGAUCUGCCAGGAGGAGCGCCCUCUCUCCGAGAGUGCUCAACUCACCCAGCAGAGCUUAAGCAACAUGAGCAGCCUCUUCCAGCCUCUCGCUCCUCCCUCCCAGAACCAGUUCCUCACAGAGAAAUAUUGUCCUCCAGGGUCCGACAAAAACAUGAACACUGGCCAGGGGACUCUGCCGCUGGCCUUCUACAACAACAGCAACCAGUUGUCAUCCUUGCUGCCCUACUAUGCGCAGGCUAGCACCCCUCUGUCUUCGAUGGGGGGAAGACCAAACACACAGUGGCCACCUGACCCUCCAUUACAAUACGUUCCUCACAAAUGGAGAGUUGUGGGCAACAAGUGUUCUGGAUUGUUCGCUAGCUCUCCAUCGGGCCCGCCACUGCAUUUGCCAGAUGUGAACUUGUAUAAAAAAAGGUCACUGGAAAGCUUUGGACAGCGGGGCAUAGAUAUAAACCCUGCACGGAUUGCUCUGGCCAACAGUUUGAAGCUGAAGCGGCAGCUGGACUACGAAGAGCAAGCGUUUCAGCAUUUGAACGGGACACAAGAGGACACAUCUGGCAUUAAUCCAGCACACUUAAUGUGGAAAAGGAUGAAAAUCCUCAGAGGUGAAAAUUGUGCUUUGCUCGCAGAGAAGAAGUCACUCAGCACAAGUGUCCUUAAUGAUGCCUUUCUUUGUAACCUGCAAAGAGGUUCAGGGCAACCAAUGAAUCCGGUGCAGGAGCCGCAGACACAGCACCCUUCACCCUCCUCUGGGAAUUCUGCCAACAAUCCCAAAGCUAUGUUCUCCCCCCACUUUUACAAUCCCCCGUAUCAGGACUUUGGUGUGCCACAAGCUCACAGGAUGUCAGGAAUGACAAGUCGUUUGCUUGGCUCAUCAUUUGAACCUUAUUUGUUGCCAGAAUUGACCCGAUAUGACUGUGAAGUUAACGUUCCAGUGCUGGGCAGUUCGACGCUUCUGCAAGGACGUGAUUUGCUUCAAGCUCUCGACCAAGCAACUUGAACCAAGCCUGCAGCUUUCCUUGGCCUCUACUGUUAAAGCAGCUGCAGUUUUAAAAUCUAUUUUUGCAAGUAGACAAUUUCUAAUACUGAUUACACUUUUACAAGAUUUUACUUACCUAUUGAACUUGUCCACAUUACCAUAUAGUGGCCUUUCUGUGAAGUUACUCACUUUCUUACUUGUGUUUAAAAGAUACGCAUUUACUGUAUUUUUCUCCUCCUAUUUCGAUAAAGCGUUCUGUAGAAAAUUUAUAUUAUAUGAUUCCCCUUCACUGUGUGUAAUUUAUAUGAAACGUCCUCAGUAUUCAUGCUAAUAAAACAAAAGCUAUGAUGUUCUAAUGCCUUUAUGUAAUACUUUGGCUCCAUUUCUUGCAAAGAUGUUACUUUCUGCCAAAGAUAAAUGAGCUAAAUAAUUAUUUUCCAUAACUACUGUCAAGACUGCCAGUUUCAGAUAAAAUAUGUAUACUCAUUGUAUGACCCUAACCUUUUCUAUGAAUUUUUCAGCAUGAAAAAAAAGGCAGGUUUAAAUUUCUCAACAAUUUUAAAAGUGAUAGAGUGUUGUGAACUCUCACACACAAACAGACACACAAUGCAACAUUCUAAGAGUUCGGUGUCGGCCUAAUACGAGUACUAACGCUUGACUCUGUUGUUGUCUGAGACAGGACCGGCCUGACUGCACAAGUGAUACAAGCAAUAGUUCAAGACAGCAAUAUUUUUCAUAGAAAUGAAAUAGUAGCAUGCCUGAGUUCUGAGCAUUGUGCUUUGUAACAUUUCAAGAGGUUUUAAGGUGCAUCUUAGAAGUCAUGCAGCAUAGAUGCUCGAUUUAAUAUUGGCCUGAAUUUAAGAACUGGUGGCCUCUGGUAUGCGGCAGAGCCAAAGAUAUCCAACACAGUAGAUGAUGCCAUUCGGUUUUCAAGCAAUGACAAGGAGCUUUCCUUGACUGUAUCUAAUUCUCAGUAUUUCAGGGUUCCUUUGACUAAAGCAGGUGAGAUGGUUGCUGCUGUUUUAGAUUUAAAAGUAUGGCACUGCAAAAGAACCCAAAAUGGUGGAAUUCCCACAUUCAAUAUGACAUUUAUGCCAGUGUCACCCUCCUCAGAUGUACUCUGGGUAAGUCAAGAAUUGACAGUGAAUCAGACCUGGGGAAAGCAGAAAGAAUUACUGAACAAUGAAGGAGAAGGAAUUCCUCUCUUCUUAGUGUUUUAAUUCUUCUUUUUGUUUUAUGCAAAGCAUAACUGAUUGUUUGAUGUGUUUCUUUUGGUUAAGUAUUUAUCAUAUCUUGGUACUUAUCAGUUUUACCUAUGAAGGCUUAGAGUUACCACCAUGAAGCCCUCUUAGGAACUGUUUUCUUCAGAACUGGUAGUUCUGUUAUUCUAAUUCCAAUGUUUCAGGAUUUGUCCAGAGGCUAUUAUUAAAACUGCUAAUUAAGUGCCUAUUUAGAUUUUAAUUUUCAGGGAGUUAGCCACAAGCCCAGCACUGCUGGGUUCUGCUGAGAAAUAUAUUUAAACAUUUGCUUUCCUUCGUAUUACACUGGGGAAAAUUAAAUACUGUAUAAGAUAUAGAGCAACUGAAUGGGAGGGUGUUUUUUCUGUUUAACUUUUUAAUUCUUGAUAGCCUUUCAAGUGCAAAUCAUAUUUAAAACCAUCAUCAAAAGGGCAAUCUGAAUUCUCAAAAAUCAACUUUUUGUAACGAUGAAAAUAACAACAACAGCAACGUUGGUGCUCAGGAAUUUUAGUUCUAUAGAAGGCAUUCCUUUCAUUCCGUGUAAUUCCUGCUUGUCAAUGCUGAGCAAACAGGUAUGCUUGUCUAUUCAGUUUAGCAAUAAUAGAAGCUCAAGAAACUACAGGGUGGAGAUUUUAAAAUAUUUAUUAAAGUCUAGUGUUUUGGUGGGAAGGGCAGGGUUGAAAGAGCCAAAGGGCAGCUUCUAGGCAAGGGGGAAUAUGCUGAUGUCAGAGUUUAGACCAAAAUUGUCAGCAGGUGGCAAAUUAUUUUAAAAAAAUAAUUUCCAGAAGUAUUAUACUAGUUCAAAGACAUCCCAAAACUAUUUGAUUACAGUUAUUGUACUGCCAGGAUGCUGAAAAAUCAUUCAGUUACUGUGUUAGUUACAUUCAAAGUAGCAUCAUACUUCUCAAUU